GCCGCCGCCAUUUUGGAACCUUCCCCGAGGCUCCGCUCCGCUCUCGGGCGUUCUGUCAGCUGCUGCUGGGCCGCGCUGUCGCCGGGCAGGAUGAGCGUGAUAGACCAUGUGCGGGACAUGGCGGCCGCGGGGCUGCACUCCAACGUGCGGCUCCUCAGCAGCUUGCUGCUGACCAUGAGUAAUAACAACCCUGAGCUGUUUUCCCCGUCUCAAAAGUACCAGCUUUUGGUGUAUCAUGCAGAUUCUCUCUUUCACGAUAAGGAGUACCGUAAUGCUGUGAGUAAGUAUACCAUGGCUUUACAGCAGAAGAAAGCCUUGAGUAAAACUUCAAAAGUGAGACCUUCAACUGGAAAUUCUGCGUCUACUCCACAGAGCCAGUGUCUUCCUUCUGAAAUUGAAGUGAAAUACAAAAUGGCUGAGUGUUAUACAAUGCUGAAACUAGACAAAGAUGCCAUCGCUAUACUUGACGGGAUUCCUUCAAGACAGAGAACUCCUAAAAUAAACAUGAUGUUGGCAAACCUGUACAAGAAGGCUGGUCAGGAACGCCCAUCAGUCACCAGCUAUAAGGAGGUCCUGCGGCAGUGCCCCUUGGCCCUUGACGCCAUUCUAGGUUUGUUAUCCCUUUCUGUAAAAGGCGCAGAAGUGGCAUCUAUGACGAUGAAUGUGAUCCAGACUGUGCCCAACCUGGACUGGCUGUCCGUGUGGAUUAAAGCAUAUGCUUUUGUACACACUGGGGACAACUCGAGAGCAAUCAACACCAUCUGUUCACUGGAGAAAAAAUCCUUACUGCGAGACAACGUGGACCUGCUUGGGAGCUUGGCAGACCUGUACUUCAGAGCAGGAGACAGUAAGAACUCCGUCCUCAAGUUUGAACAGGCGCAGAUGUUGGAUCCUUAUCUGAUAAAAGGUGAAUUCUCCAGCCGUAGAGUGUCUUUCCCUAGAUGCCAUAGCUUCUAUAGCAAACGCUACUCUCGGGCCCUGUACCUGGGUGCCAAGGCCAUUCAGCUGAACAGCAACAGUGUCCAAGCUCUGCUCCUCAAAGGAGCAGCACUCAGGAACAUGGGCAGAGUCCAGGAAGCUAUCAUACAUUUUCGGGAGGCCAUAAGGCUCGCACCUUGUCGCUUAGACUGUUACGAAGGUCUCAUAGAAUGUUACUUAGCUUCGAACAGCAUUCGAGAAGCAAUGGUGAUGGCCAACAAUGUUUACAAAACUCUAGGUGCAAAUGCGCAGACUCUUACCCUCUUAGCCACCGUGUGUCUGGAAGAUCCAGUGACGCAGGAGAAAGCCAAAACUUUGUUAGAUAAAGCACUGGCCCAGAGGCCAGACUAUGUAAAGGCUGUCGUGAAAAAGGCAGAGCUACUCAGCAGGGAACAGAAAUAUGAAGAUGGAAUUGCUUUGUUGAGGAAUGCCCUGGCCAAUCAGAGCGACUGUGUCCUGCAUCGGAUCCUGGGGGACUUCCUAGUAGCUGUGAACGAAUACCAGGAAGCAAUGGACCAGUACAGUAUAGCACUGAGUUUGGACCCCAAUGACCAGAAGUCUCUAGAGGGCAUGCAGAAGAUGGAGAAGGAGGAGAGUCCCACGGAUGCUACCCAGGAGGAAGAUGUGGAUGACAUGGAAGGGAGUGGGGAAGAAGGGGACCUGGAGGGCAGCGACAGUGAGGCCGCCCAGUGGGCUGACCAGGAGCAGUGGUUUGGCAUGCAGUGAAGGCCCAGCGGCAGCUUCUGGUGAUUCUUGGACAGGCGGAUGCUGUGGGAGGAGUGUGCUUGUGACAGGAGUCCUUGCCCGUUUCCUCGCCUUGUGGUCAGGACUUCAGUCUGUCAGAAGGACUUCACUCUGCUCUGCUUUGCUGAGGACUGAGAGCGACCCAAGCUGCAGACUCACCAGGCUCUGAGUGGUUCUGAUGUACUGGUGGAGGACGCUUUUUUCUCUCGGUGAAUGGGUUCACAGGACACGCACAGGCAUGGUCAGAGGUGUUCUGGUCCUGGGCUCGCCCACCCCCUGGAAGGAAUGGCAGUGCAGAACUGUGUUUUUCACUGACUGCAGAGCGGCCGGCGCUCGGCCUCAGCUUGGGCGGGUCUGAGAAGCAGCAUGAUGAGCGUGUGGCCGCACCCUGGGCCGGUCCACCUAGUAAAACUGUUGAGUGCUGUCACAGACUCCUUCCGUCUCCUAGUCAGCCCUGAGACCCUACAGCAGUUUGCCAUAAAUACACCCCCUUCUCCUGUGUGUUUGGAGGCAGAGCCCUGAACCCUUCACACAGGGUCACCUGGCUCUCAGAGGCCCGAGGUCAGGGUCUUAUUUCAGCAUCUGUCCUCGAGCAGCUGAAAGUCACUCAGCUACUGGGAAGAAGUUGCCUCAUCCUCCCUCCUGGGUUCUGCAGGUAGAUGCCUUUCAAGAUGCAGACCAAGGUGCAUGAGCACAUGAAAGAUUGAUUGUGCCAGUGGUGGUGGUGCACGCCUUUAAUCCCAGCACACAGGAGGCAGAGGCAGGCGGAUCUCUGUGAUUCCAGGCCAGCCUGGUCUACAGAGCUAGUUCCAGGACAACUAGGGCUGUUACACAGAAAACAAAACCAAGCAAAAGAUUCAUUGUAAAUGUACAGUAGUCAAAUUCAGAGCAUCCAUCAGAGCAGUGGAAAGUGGGCCAGAGCAGCCUGGUGGUGACAUAUACUGGAGUCUUGCAUUUGGGAGGCAGAGGCAUGACAGUUCUACACAUGCUGGCCUACACAACAAGAUACAUGUCUCAAGAUACAUGGUAGGUAAAUGGACCAAGUCUCAUGAAAAUGUCUCGGUGUGAGCCUCAGCCUGUGCUCACUACCUGCCCUGAGCCAUUUCAUAGGCAGCAUGUAGGUGGUGCUUUUCCUGACGUGGCCUCCCUGACAGCACCACUGACCAGUCAGUGCUGAAAGAAAAGACAAAACCCUUUGAGCAUAACUUGAACGCAGUUCCCCCUCCUGUCCUCACUUCAGGCUGGAUUCGCAUAGGUCAGAUAGUUCUCCAGUUCCCUUCAGUGUCCUGGAAUUCUUCCCCUUCUUACAUGUCUCCCAUGCUGCAGGGAGCCUCUGGGCCAGUGUGACUCUCCAUCCUAGGUGGACCCCUCAGGUCCAGCCUUGGGCUGAGGCGGAAGGACUGUAGCAACCACAUGGUUAGGAAGCAGUUUCAAAGGAUGGAGUGUUGACGCUGCCACUUUGACUACAGCACAUCAGGAUUGGGAGCCCUGUGACUCUCCACUUGAACUGAUUAACUGAUUGCUUGCUGGGAAUCCAAGCAACCUGAGUGGCAAUGAGCCUUAAACAUACACGAUUCCCCACAGGGACCUUGUGGCAUCAGCCUGUCAUAGCUGGGAUGAAGUGUUUAUGCUAAGCUCUUGUACUCCCCAUCCAAGUGUGGGGGCAGCUGCCCUGGGUGCUUACCUCUGCAGCCUCCCAGGCUUAGGAUUCAGCAAGCAGGAGACCCCCGCAUAGCGCUGUCUUAUCUUCUGGCUGUGAAGAGACACCCUGACUAUGGUAACUCUUUUUGUUUGCUUUUUUUUUUUUUUUUUUUUUUUUUUUGAGACGGGGUUUUUCUGUUGCUUUGGAACCUGUCCUGGAACGAGCUCUUGUUGACCUUAAACUCGCAGAGAUCUGCCUACCUCUGCCUCCCAAGUGCUGGAAUUAAAGACAUGCGACACCACUGCCAACUCUUAAUGCAACAUUUAAUUGAGUUUAGAGUUUCAGAUGCUAAGUCCACUCUCUCAUCAUGGUGGGGAACAUGGUAGCACGCAGGCAGGCACUGAGCCUGUAGUGCCUCAGAAAUGGCUCAGGGCAGGUAGUAUGCACAGGUUGAGGUCACAGAGACUUUGAGGAGACUUGGCCUGUUUUAUUUAUCUUGUGUCUUUUGAGACAGAUCUUGCUGUGUAACCAGCAGUUCUGGAGAACAACAUCCUGAUCCAUAGAGAGCAAGCUUGGAGUUUUGAAGCCUCAGAACCCACUGCCCAUUCUGAAACACUACUUCCAAGGCCACGCACCUCCUAAUCCUCUGACCCUUUCAAAUGGUGCCGCUUCCUGGUGACUGAGCACUCAAACCUAUGAUCUGAGGGUCCUUCUUAUUAAAACCACAGGUGCUGAGGAGCUGUCAGCCGCUAGUCCUUCCUGGUGGGGACUGUAGCCCUGCCCUGCUCAUGGGCCUCUCUCCAUUGCCGAGUCCCUGCCCUGCUGGACCCAGUGGCCUGGUACAUGUGGUUCACCCACAGGACCCAUGGCAGCCACACACGUGUUUCUGAACCUUCCUCUGGCACACAACCAGCCAUCCAGCCAGCCUCACGCUUGGGUGUGGUUCUCUGCUGUAGACUCAGGGAUCUGGAACCCUGACCUGGGGCGUGGUUAUCUUUGCUCUGCCCAACUUCCUGGUUUUGGCAGGCUUGUUGGACUUGAGGCUGACUUCAGAGAGGUCCUGGAGCUCCACCCUGUAGACUACCUGUGAGUGGGAAGAAUGGGCCUUGACUGGCCUUACCUGUGGCAUCUGGCUGGGUCUUACAGCCUAAACCUGGCUCACCUAGGACAGGCCCGGGCCAGUAAGCAUCACACUGCUCCUGCCAGCACAGACUCAACACGCUCAUUGUGAGGACUGCCGAGACCAGUUCUCAAGGGCCACAUCAGCUGCGGAUGUCAGACACUGAGGCCAGACUGGACAGACAGCUCACCAUGGCCUCUGGGGAAGCUGCUGAGGUAAGCACCUUGCUCGGGAGGCCUCCCUCCCCUGAGGAGGAGGUGAGGCCUCAGCUGCCACCUCUCUCUCUGGGAGGAGGAAGGGCACAAAGGCUGGCUUCUGCUGUCAAGCUCCCUCCAGGCCUGACCAGCAGUAGACAGGGCAAGGGCAUGGGGUUUUCCUAGACCACAGGAAAUGUUUGUCAUUCGCAGGGGAGAGAGUUUAUGUUACAAAGCACACAUCAGCAAACCAGGAAGAUUCCAGAGCCCUACCGAUUGCCUGCUUAGUGGCCAUCAAUAGAAAGUUUAUCAGUCUGUUGGGAUGUAAGAAGUGUGGGCAUGCUGAGAGCUGGCUCAGAGGUUAAGAGCACUGGCUGCUCUUAAGGAUCCGGAUCAAUUCCCAGCAUGCACAUGACAACUUCCAACUGCCUGUACCUCCAGGAUCUGACAACCUCACAAACAUACAUGCAGGCAAAACACCAAUGCACAUACAAAGAAAAUAAGUCAUUAAAAAAGAAAAAAUUGCGGCCACGUGGAAAAUUCUGGUAGAUCCAAAGUUGUGGCAGCCCCUUGAUUCCACUUCUGGGAGAUGUCCAAAGGGAUGAAAGGGGGCGCUCAGACAGGGACUGCACGUCUGUGUUCACAAUUGACAAGAGGUGGGAACAACCCAGGCAUCCAGUGAAGAAUGCAUACACAGAAUGUGGUCCAGCGAAGAUUGUCACACAACCACAAAACUGAAAACAUGAAUGCACUUUAAGAAUGUUCUGCUAGAUGAAAGAUGCCGCUUAUCUCAAGCACCUGGAAGAGUCAAGUUUCUCACACUAGGCAGAGUAGAACUGCUGCAGCAGGAAAUGCAUGGCUGAGUGGGUGAGAGCUGCAGCUAGGGAUGCAUAGCUGAUGCACAAGAAUGUAGUUCCUGCUAGUGAAAUGCUUUGAAAAAUGUGAAAUGAAACGGCUGUGUAUGGCACACACUUUGUAUGAAAUGAAAACCCAGGCUCUGCUGGGCCUGGGUCUCAUAGGCUGGACACAUUCAUCACGUGCUGUGCAGAGCCCCUGCAUGCCCUUAGCUGUUGGUGGAUGCUUUUCUUGAGGUCAGUUUCUGACCCGACCCGAUAGUCCCUAGGGCACAAGAAGUUCACAUUCUUGUGGACUGCAGUGUGCCACGAGGGCCAUCGUGGAUGUUGGCAUUCACUCUAGGGUGGCAGACUAGAACCAUUCCUGACCUGGGGUUCACCAGGCAUUUAAUGUCUGGCCAUAUCUACCAUGUCAUGUUAGCCCUAGAACGGUGGGUUUCUGGCCUGGCACUCGCUGUUCAACCCUGAGAUCACAUGCUAUUACUCCCUGAGCAGAAUGUUCACUGGCUCAUGGCUGUCAUCCUCCAGCUGAUGCAGCUCCCCCCACCCCCAGGUGCUCUAGCCUUGUCCUCUGAGCAGCCCUCAUGCUCUCAGUCUUGCUGCAUUCAGGCUGCCAGCCAGCCUGGCCACGGGGCUGUCAUCCUGAGACUGGUGCUCCUGCCGCUUAGGUCUUCCGAGUCUGUCUAUAAACAGCCCUCUGGCGGCUUCUCUUAGCUCCCAGCUUUUCCUUCUUUGGGUAAAUCCGCAGCAGGAUGUUGCAGAGUGGAGUGGAGUAGAGUAAUCCUUGGAACUUUCCGGGGGGGGGGGGGGGAUGCUGGCCAACUGUUCAGACUGUAAUAAUCUGUAGCCCAGGCUGGCUCUUUCCCAUUCGUGCCCCCCCCCCAGCUGUCCCCUCACUCUCUGAUACUUGUUCUUGAGCAUUAGAUUAGGGGUGAACCAGGACCCAGUCUUAAAUGGCCAGCUGGGAGUGAGUGACAAGUGUUCUCUCAGGCCUGGGGGCUCAGGAAAAUCCCUUGUGCCCAGCUCUGCCUUGGGGGAACUCCUUCCCUUUGCUAAAGUUAGACCACUUCGCCUGAAGGUUGAGGGCUGACUCCUGGAUUUGACUCUGCAUGUGGGAUGAGGCUCGUGGUUCCUUUGGUGUCCCUCCAGGACCUUGGCCUGUCCCAGACAUCCCUGUCAGUACAUCCCUGGAGCCCCCGGCUAGAGCUUUGUGGCUGGUCCUUUGAGGCCCAGGCUCCCGCAGACAUGAUUACCACCUUGUUUUCAGACAGGCUCAGACCUGCUUUCAGACGGGCUCAGAUUUCUCUUGUAUGAUUGGUGCUGUCUGGUUUAGCCAGACCAAGGCCUGUAGAAACUGAGUUUUCCAUCUACUCCAACCUCUCAGCACAAAGUACUGCCUCUGCCAUCCCACAGACAGCUUGGAUUUACCUCAGGAGUUAGCUGGGAACCAGAGAGCAAGAAUCUGCCCUGAUGGAGUCAAGAGGAUGGUGCCAGACAGUGGGCAUCACUCCUUUUUUAAAUUUAUUUUUAUUUACUUUGGUGUUUUGCCAUGGAUGCUGGGUCUCAUGAAACUAAAGUUAUAGAUAGUUGUGAGCUGCCGUGUGGGUACUGGGAAUUGAACCCAGGUCCUCUGGAAGAGCAGUCAGUGCUCUUAGCCACUGAGCUGUCUCCCCAACCCAUUGCUCUUAUAUCAUCAGAGGGCACAAUGGACCUGCUACUUCCCAGGUCAAGGCCAUAGAGCACCCUGCCAAUGAGUCCAGGCCUAGCACUUCUGGGGAGUUCACAGCAUUUUCUUUCUCUCUUGAUUUACUUUUAGAUACAGAUCUCACUCUGUAGACCAAGCUGGCCUCAGACUCAUAGAGUCUGCCUCUGCCACCUGAGUGCUAGGGUUAAAGGCUGCGCCACCACUGCCCACACAAGCAGUGAAAUGAAAAUGUUGUCAGGUGAGUGCCCAUAAUUUGGGAAGGAGUAGAGAGAUCAGAAGUUUGAGAUCAUCAUCAGUUAUAUAGCAAAUUUAAGGCCAACCUGGAAUACAAAAGCCCUGAGCCCCACUUGGGUAUCUUCUGUGACUCUGGGAACAGCCACACUCGUGUUCUCAGGUCUUUGUUUUUUGAGACAAGGUCUUUCUACAUAGCCUUGGUUGUUCUGGAACUCACCAUGUAGACCAGGCUGGCCUUACUCACUGAGAUCCUCCUGCCUGUGCCUCUUGAGUGCCGGGAUUAAAGGUGUAUGCCGCUAUACCUGGCUGCCAACAUUGAUUCCUAACUGUCAUUUGUACGUAGAAAAGAAGUGGAGCUCUACAGAACUUGAGCACCUUUCCACUUACAUGUCAUAGCUGGUUCUAAUUAUCAUGGAGAAACAAUCGUUCUUGAUGGGGGGGGGGCACGGAGACUCCCCCUCCUCCUCUGGAGCACGGUUGGCCUUUCUGGAGGCAGUGCAGGGUGCUCUGCACAGAAAAAGUGGGCAGGUAGGUUUUAGUGACACCUGGCUUAUGGACACUUGCCCCGGAGUUCAGAGGCAAAUUUCCACCCUCAGGUCUUCCUGCUGUUUCAUCCCUUGCUGCAGCUGCUUCUGAUCUCAGCAGCUCCUUAGGACAGCAAUACACUCGGAUGUCCAGGACUGACCUAGAUGACAGGUGCCAGGUCUACCUCAAGUCCAUCUAGUCCUGUCCCAAAUGGAACUACCCAUUUCAGGUAUGUGUGAAAUGCCUUGUCACCUCAAUUCCUGAUAAACUCUGUGCAAGUCUCCCCUGGUGGCUUCACUGUCAUUCCUGCAAAGCACCCUCCCCAGCCAUGUAAGUCAGAUUCCCUGUGCUCUGCAGUUUACCGAGUUUCUUCAAAGGACACAUCUCCAUGUGCACCCAUCUGUCCCUGUGGCCCCUGCUGCAUCCUGGUUAGGGAUUUGUUGCUGAUCUGUCUCUGAUGUCACCCCCAUUCUCAAGUCUGUGGUUUGGGUGGCCACCUUUCUAUUAUACAUUCGUUGAAUUUUGGACAUCUUGAGGUUUGAGGGUGCUCAUCAGGAUUCUCUGGAGUCUUGUCAGGUAUGCGCCUGGUCUGAGGUAUGAAGCAUUUUAGAAAGGUGCCUCCCUCAGGAUGUCACCAGCACUGUGUUUAACUUGCUUGCCCGCUGUGUACUCCGCCUUCGCCAUCCACACUGUCCAGCCUCCUUUGGGGACACUGUCUUCACUGCUGAGCCUGUUGAGGGGUGGACCUGAGCUCUGCAGCUUAGACCUUGCCCCCUUUAGCCCUUUGUUCACACCAAUGCCAACCUGAGGCUUUAGCACUCUACAGUGAGGUUGGUCCCAUGUCCUUUGAUAUACCUGUAUGUAUGGCGCUGAGCGCUGCCUUACUUUAGGCAGAUUCCUGUUUGGAACCUGCCAUGGAACGUGGUCUGAGGGGGCUGGAGAGAUGGCUCAGAGGACCUGAGUUCAAUUCCCAGCAACCACAUGGUGGCUCACAACCAUCUGUAAUGGGAUCUGGUGCCCUCUUCUGGCCUGCAGAGACAACAUGCAGGCAGAACACUGUAUACAUACAUAAAUAAAAAAGAUUAAAAAAGAAAAAAUUGGGGCCAGGUGGUGGGCAGACAGAUCUGAGUUCUGAAUCCAGGCAGGCAGAGGCAGCCUGGAUACUAUAGAGUUCCAGGCCAACGUUUCAGUCUUCUGAGACUGAAGAACAAAAUGAAAACAAAAGAACUGGGGUACAGAGAUAAGCAAAACUGCCAAGAUUGGUCAGAUGUGGCAAAUACUUGUUACGCCAGUAUAGAGACUGGUUCUCUGUUCAAUGUAUGAGAAACCUGUUUUCUUGACUCUGGAGUGUAGAUUCUAAUCACCCCCUGGCUAGGAUGAAGUGUACAGAUUUUGUUUCUCUUCCAGGGGUCCAGGUCAUGCCAAGAAAAGUCAAAUUUCCUCUUUGUAUUUAGAAAACUUUUGAGGUGGUGAGAGGCUUCGUGUCGAGGCCUAGAGCUUUGGGCAUUGGGUCUGGGUUGACCCUGAGCUCUGACUCAAUCUGGUUUGUCUGCUCCAAGCUUCCUGCAGCUCUACUUCUGUCCUACAGACAGUGCUGGAGCUCUACGAGGCUUUCCUGGGGGCCUAGAGUGGACCUGCUGGGUCGUUAUUCUCCAAGGGGCACUGCCUUCCCACAAACUAUGGAGAUAGACCACGGACAGCUCUGACAGGGUAUGGCAUUUUUCUCCCAGAAUGUACAGCUUGGGCUUUAAAAUCUUCCGACCCAUUUGCACUAGAUUGAGUCUAAGGAUAUAAAAGGGUUUCUUUUGGCCAACACACUGAGCUUGAGUGGCACUAUCUUAUUGGCACACUUCCUCAUCUGCUCCCAUGUUAGAAUGAACCUAUUAGAAUAAAACCAUUAUCCUCAACCCGGUCUCGAAAAAACAAACAAACAAACAAAACACAUUAUCCUCAACACCUGUAAUUUGAAGUUAUUAAAUGUUACUAGAACAGGAUGGCUGUUUGUGCUAGGCAGCCAUGAUGCACACACCUAGCACUUGGGAGGCAGAGGCGGGUGGAGUUCCAAGCCAGCUUGGAUUGCAUAGCAAGACUGUUCAUUUGGAGAAAUUUCUUGAGUCUUAUUUGGUGGUGACAGUAAGAUUGUUAUUCUGAAGUGUUAGUCACGAAUACUUCCAGGUUCAUUAUUCCAAAUGUGUGGAGAUUAGGGGACAACUUCGUGAUGGAGUCAGUUCUUUCUACCAUUGGUUCCGGGAAUCAAACUCCAGGCUUACGUGGCAAAUGCUUUACCUGCUGAACCAUCUUGCUGGCCUUUGGUAUUCAUUGUUGUCAAGGGGUUCUCCUGUAUUUCAAGAGCUAAGUUUUCUGUUAGGUGACAUCACGGAAUGAGUAAGACCAUUUUAGGGAAUGGGCUCACUCCAAGCUAAAAAGGGAUGAAUUCUGGAUCCGUUCAGGUCUACUUGCCUGUGUCUCAGAAGGGGACUGCAUGGUUGCUCUGCCGUCAGGCAGGUGAAGCUGGUCAUGUGUGCAGUCUCCUCUUCCUACUCUGAGAAACAAUGAGGCCCGUUUUCUGCUGAGUUACAUACACUCUGCUUCCCUCCUGGCUGACAGGAGGAGGGACCUUGGCACCCAUCCCCACCGUCCUAUAAAACAGCCACUGCUACGCUGAGGGUUUAUCGUAGAAUAGAUUUAUUUACCUGAAAUCAUGUCUGUUACUAGCACAGAGAGAAACUGACCUCUAUUUCCAGUCUACAGUCAAACAUGCGCCGUGAGAAGCUGUGAGCUGACGCUGAGCACUUUAUUACAAUAAAUGCACACAAUACUUGUAUCGCACCAACAUCUGUCUACUGCUUCUGAGUUCAUUAAAUAAAUUACAUUAAUACAGUGUGAAACAGCUGGCUACACACCCAAAAAACAACUGAAGUUAGGACCGGAGGCCUAUGUUGUAACCAUUCAACAGCUGUAGUGUUUUAAUUGAAUUUAUAAAUAAGCAAACUGUACAGGGCCAAUUAGAAAGCAUGUUUCAAUGUCACUGUAGAGCAAUCUGGCUGCUUACAACUGAAGGCAUGCAUUACAAUUAUCAUACAGCUAUAGAGGCUAUGACAUUCUGUAGAGAAAUAUGGAGACUUGGCUGAUGGCUUCUAUUCUUGGAUAAGGUUUCAGAACCUCAUUCUUCUUUCAGCAAAGAAACCAAACUUCUCUGGAGAGGCUCUCUGCUUCUUUAUGCUAAAUUGUACACGUUAUUAUUUUGAUUAAACAGCUAAAACCCCACUGGUAAUACACAUUUCCUCCACAUCACACAGUGAGUUGGGAACUGUUUCUAGUUUUCUUUUCCCCAACAUCAGUCAUGCAGAGGGCUGGUAGAUGUGUUGCUAACAACGCACAUGCACGCACCCGAACACCCUUACAUUUCUGCAAAUGGUUUAGGAAGCGGUUACUCCAGUAUUGCUGAAAAGGAAAGAGAGAGGAAAUCAGCUUCUUGAAAUAUAGAGCAAUGUUAGAACAACUUCCCAAGACACCAACAGAGACAGACAGAAAGAACACUGCAUUUGGUCUAGAGGCAAGACCAGCAUUUCUAACUAAGUGUCCUACGUGCUACCUGUCGUAUCUACAAGCAGUGGCCUGGUGACUGCUCUUGUGCUUCCUGCCGCCGCCAGCUCCUAACAAAGCCCCACAAGGCAGAAACUCUAAGGCGUGUCAGGUAUGAGGGCAGUGGGAGCGGGAGAUCUCGGUAGCCAUGCAGAGAGUGAGGCAGUGGAGCAGAGUGGCAGGCACCAGGUGGGGGAAGGCCUUCCUGCUCCCUCCCUCAUCUCCAUGACAGCAGUCCUGGGCUGCAGGCUCAGCUCUGCUUGAAAGGUUGGAAGGCUUUUUCAACUGCAAGGGUUGCUCUUGAGGAAAUUUGGGAGUUCAUGCAUGGCGAAGGGCAGCCAUGCCUCUGCCUCUUGGCUUAUGGGCAUUGUAGGCACCGAGCCAGAGCUGUGGUCUGUGACACUGUUGGGCUGAGACCCUAGUUUAAGGAUGCUAUAAGGGGCUGUGAGGUGGCGGGCCUUCCCCAGCCCUGGCAGCGCCCUAGCUUCUGGGGAAUGCAUCACCUGCAUUUUACUGAGUGGGCUGCAGCGCUGAACCUUUGAUACAGCUUUACCAAGAGGUUACUCAAGAAAACCUCAAAGAUGAGUUCCAGGUUAGACUGUUCUGUUGGGUUGAGGACAGCAUUGCCUAUCCAUGUACUACUGUCCCUUCUUGAAGGUGCUGGGUGAGAGUAAGGCCGUCUGUGGGCUGGGACUAUGCUGUUGGCCUUGGUACUAAGUAUUCCUGGCUCAGGGCAGCAGUGAUCUAAACUGUUCAUCUGUUGGUGUUGACCUGGCUGCCAAAACAGUCUCUGUGGAUGUUAAGGACCACAGUACCAUCAAGGAUGCAAACAUAUUUGUGUCAUUGAACCGAGGAGGAUCAGCUGACUGACUCGGCCUCUCAGGGCUCUAGUCCUGCUAGCUGCACUUCUGUGUUUGAUCCACUCAAUCAUUUCAACACUUAUGACAUCCAAAAAUGGCAAAAACUUGCCUUUUUCCUGAGAAUCAUUACUCCCUGCAGCACCCAGAGGUCUCACUUGAUUGAACUCAAGGGUCAGUUGCUGUGUUCCUUUAGAACCAGGCACUUUCUCUUGCUUGCCUCUCUGCCAUGUGCAACUAAGAGCUAGUUCAUACCAGGAGGUUGGUUUAAUGGCCACUCUCACUAGGACAUAUCCUAUAAAGGUGACAAAAUUUCCUAUAGAAUCAGUCAUCUAUCUGUAGCCAGUGAAAAUCCAAAGCCUUGGAACAUGUUUGGCACUAGAGGUGGCACAGCUCCUUCAGCUUGAGGUCAGUCAGGUCACAAGAGCCUCUUCCCCACAACUCACAAAAAUCAUUGUCCCGGGUAGUGUCUAUGCUGGAGUCUGUGUAGUGAGCAGCUGGCAUCCCUGUUUCCUUACGAAGUGGCUGCCUGGUGGGCACAGGAGCCAUGCAGCCCACUAGCAACAGGGGCCAUCUCAUUCAGUGGCAUCACCUGUACACAGGCCACAGCACCCCAAUCCCACAGAGAAGAUACUCACGUUAGUUGAUGGAUGUUGGAAGGCAUUGGAGGAAAACACCACAGUUAGGACUGUUAAUGACUCACAUUGCCGUUAAGACUGACCUUGAACAUGCGCAAACGUUCAUCAGAGUCAUGGUGGUGAUUAGUGCCACAUUCAAAUAAAAAUAGUUCUAUACAAUAUGUUCAUUUGGUCAUGUGCUAUUUACAGAUUUUACAAAACAUACACACACAUACACACACACACACUUGCCCUUACACCAGGCUACAUACAACAGGCCAGCAGAAACUUGCAUAAAUGUGUAUCACAUGACAGAUCGUGCCUAUACAUCACAAAUAAAAUCCUACUAUGCAGCAGAACAGGAUCCUUCCCCUCAGGAACAGGAAAACUAAGGCUCUAAGCUGAGAAGUUUGAACUGAUUAUAGAUAGUUCAAGGCAGGCCAUUAAGAACAAGACAGUUAUUUUUCUCUGUCCAUUUAAAAUGUUUUAUUUUUCUUUUAAACUAGAUUGUGAAGUGCCACUGAAUAGGCAAUGUUGGCAAAAACAAUGUCUGUUACAAUAAAAUACAUUAGACAUUUAAAUAAAUAACCUUAAAAACUAGGCAAAGGGACAGAAACCCAGUUGAUUGAAUCUGGAGCAAUGUUUUCUGCACAAGCGAGAACAGGCAAACCUCUCGUGAAGACGGAUGUAAACAGAACCAUCAGACCUACAGAAGAAGCCGAGCGGGCUGGGGUGGGCUGGGGGUGACAGAGGCUGAGGGUGCAGGAAGUGGCAAACCAAAAAUACUGACUGAGGUAGCAGGACUCUGCUCAGUGCAGAAAAAUUGGCUUAUGAAUAAAAAUUAGACUGUGAUAUCAAAUUAAAUCCAGAGAAUCAUGCAAAGGACACAAUACAUGCUAUUUAGUUUUU